AUGACCGAGGCUCUGACCGACCAAAGGACAAUCGAGCAACUUUCAACCACAGGGAGAGCAGCCCAGAGCAAGAGGGACGAACUGGUGAGAGAGCGUGAAGAGAGGGAGAGUCGAGAGAGGGAAGCAGAAGAGAAGAAGGGACACGAAGUGAAGGACAAACCCGAAGAGGAGAAGAAACACGAAGAGGAGAAGAAACACGAAGUGGAGAAGAAACACGAAGAGAAGAAGAAACAUGAGAAGAAGAAGCAGGAAAAGAAGGAUGGAAAGUGA